AAGCCGGCGGGCAGAUCUUAUCUCGCCGUCCUAGCUGCGUCAGGCAACACAGGAGAAGGUUGUCACCGGCAUACUUGUGUCACCGGGAUACUUGAUUCCCUCAACAUCGAGACCCGUCCCGCCGAAGUGUAUCGGAUGGGUCGUGGUGUUGAGGGAAAGCCUCGUCUUGUUAAAUGCGUUUUUUAUUCUAGACGUAUUUCCUUUGACAUUUUGUCUAAGGCACAUAGGUUGCGCUCGACGCACGAAUAUAGGGAUGUAUAUAUUAGAAAAUCAAUGACUAUUGAUGAGCGCAAGAAAGAUCGCGAAUUACGGGAGAGAGCACGUGAACUUAACAGGAAAGAAGGUGAGCGAGUCUAUGUAAUUUACAGAGGUGAACUUGUGAAGACUAAGGAUAUUCCAAAUUUAGCCAAAAGGGGAAGCAAUGCUCCUUCGUUCAAAAUUGCUGAUUCUGAACUCUGCUCGGUCUUCCCAUACUCAGUAGUUCGCAAAGAUAGAGUUGGGAAGACCGGGGGAGGAGUAUGUGCGCUCCUGCACAACUUUUUCCUUUAUGAUGAAGUCAAGUUCGAUUGUAAGGUUCUUAGCGCCGAUGUUCUCUGCUUUGAUGUUUUUUUGCCAUCCUCUCGUAAUCAUAGGUUUCUCCUCAUAUAUCGCCCCCCACAGUCUACCCUGUCUCAAGAUGAACAGCUAGUUACAGUGAUUUCUGACCUAGUUUCGACCUCUCCGCAUCAUGUGACCAUUCUGGGGGAUCUGAACCUAAAUAUUGACUGGUGUUCACAUGUGGCGCUCAACUCCGAAGCACAAAAGUUUCUUAGUGCUUUUGAAAGUCUUUCUUUGGAGCAACUAGUAACAUUUCCCACUAGAGGAAAUAAAAUUCUUGACAUCAUUUUGGCAGACGGCAAUUUCAUCUCAGAUAUUUCAGCUCGUGCACCUUUUGGGAGCUCAGACCAUGACAUGAUUUCAUUUAAUAUAUCCGAAUGCGGCUUUCAAAACAAAUUGACACGCUUCAUUGAUUUCUUGCAUGCCGAUAAAGGGAAAAUUAGGCAAGCCCUUUCUGACAUUGACUGGUUAGAAGUUUUAAAUUUCUACGCUGAUGCUGAUGAUGCAUAUAACCGUUUCGCCAGUGUCAUUCACAACAUUAUUUCUCGGCACGUGCCCAUUAAAUAUUUCGAGAAAUGCGCAUCCAGUCGUUACCCCAAACAUAUCGUUAAUCUUUUCGAACAACGUGAAAGGCUGUUCCAUUCUUUUAAACGGCCUUCUAUGAAUCCGCUUUUUAUUGAGGUUUCGCGUAAACUUGACUUUCAUUUGAAGCGUUUUCUGGCAUACAAAGUAAGGAAAAUGGCUCAAAGUAACCAUAUGAAGAAGCUUUACGAGUUUAUUAAAAAAACUCCGAUGGGCGCAAGUAUUCAACUGAUGCUUCCAAAGCGGAAGCUAUCGCGGACUACUUUGCCAGUGUUUUUGGAAAGGCAAGCAGUGGUAUACAAUCAUUGCCAUCAUCAGUCUCUAACGAAUGCUUUGAAAUGCCAAUAG